CCAUUGCAGCAGUGUACAAUAUCUGCAUCGGCUACCAACGCUAAACAAAACAAAUCACAUGACAAACAUAUUUCGAACACUGAUAUUACAACAAUGAAUGAUCAUCUGUUUUGGCCUCAGAAAUGAUGCACAGCUGUUGUCUCAUAUAAGUUUGAUGUGUAUCGUCUUGAAAGUCUCUAGAAGAGAGAUUGAAACGUUUCAGUUCAAUCACAAUCGGCAAUCGCCGAUUCGGCGGAUGAUCAGUGUCAGUGUAUCAGAAUAAUAAUGGAAAGGAAAAUGGAAGGGACAUUCAAAAAGAUGUUCCAGAAGCGAAUUUAUGAUUUGUUGUCCCACAAGUAUGGAAUUCUUAUGGUCUUGGGUGGAUGCUUUCUCCUCGCCAUAUCAGCCUUCCACUUUGGCGAGGCUUGGUUGGAGUGGAGUCAGGAGAAAUAUGCAACUGUUUUUAAUUCUUUUAGUGACAACGUAGCUGGCAAAUCUUUUCGGGAAAGACUGUCUCUCCCAGUGCCUAUUGACGUGGUCUACACGUGGGUCAAUGGCAGCGACCCAGAGGUCAUGCAGCAGCUGGAGCAUGUGCGAGUUGCCAUGGAACAGAAACAAAACCUGACCAGAGGUCAAGGGUCGGAAUACAGAGAGGAGACGUGUACGUAUACGAACUGUCUACCCAUUGGGCUCCUGUUGAAGCCAGGUCUUCCACGCACCGCCGACCUUGACAUCGUGCGUGCGGCGGACGUUCUGUUUACGAAUGUGACAGAGUUACGUCACCUUGGAGACAACGAUGGUCCAGAUGUUCCCGCCAACUAUACCUUGAUGAUGUUGCCAGGGACUCCGGAGGUACGCAACAUAUUGUCUCAGAAGUCGGAAGGAUGGAUGUAUGAGGGAAAGAACUAUACUGUUAAACCAGCUUUUUACACGAGCGACACAACUUUACCGCACGGCCUUAUUAUGCCGGAGACAGUCAUGAUAUCUGGCUACCCGAGCCAGUACGAUGAGACGUCCAUCCUGGCAGCUGUCCUAGUGCGGCUCAAUGUGACGGACAAGAGUUCCUCUGACAUCACGGUAAAAAUGCAUGCAGAGAAAGGCGUGGCACUGCUUCACACUACUCAGAAAGCUCACUUUGAUAUGCUUGUUAAGGAUUCGAAUUUCACCAUAGAAGGCAAAGAACUGCGGCUCUCGGCUGUCAAGUUAGUGUGGGACCUCCGAUUUGUUGUGGGGGAUGAUGUGGUAGCUGCAAACAGGUUCGAGGACAAUGAGGAAUUACGCUAUUCCCUACGGUCUAUUGAAAAGUUCGCACCAUGGGUGCGGCACAUUUUUAUUGUGACCAAUGGGCAAAUCCCACACUGGUUAAACCUGGACAACCCUCGUGUGACCAUCAUAACGCAUGACGAGAUUUUCCUCAAUGCAAGCCACCUCCCGACCUUCAGCUCCCCCGCCAUCGAGGCCAACAUCCACCGCAUCCCCGGCCUCUCCGACAAGUUCCUCUAUCUCAACGACGACGUUUUGUUUGGGAAGCCCGUGUGGCCUGACGACUUCUACUCUCACUCCACAGGCCAUAAGCUGUACCUGACGUGGCCGGUGCCUAACUGCAACGACGGUUGUCCCUCCACCUGGAUCAGGGACGGCUACUGUGACAAGGCCUGUAACUCCUCCGAGUGUGACUGGGACGGGGGCGACUGCUUGGGCACCGGUGGGCGUGUGCAGCUGGGGGCAGGUUUCCAUGGUGACCAGGGUCAAAUCAUGGGAGAUUAUAGCUCGUACUGUGCUACAGGAUGUGCCAACAACUGGCUGGCUGACAAGUACUGUGAUCAGUCAUGUAACACUUACGACUGUGGCUACGAUGCGGGUGACUGCGGUGUGUCGCGCUAUGACCUGAUGUACGGCCAAACUCUGCAGGCGGAGAAAACGCAGUACGUUGUGCCAGCAGGAGAGCAUAGCGCUUAUUUCAACCUCACGGACUUGUUGGGUGAGAAAGGAAAAGUGGUCUCGGCUAAGUAUGAGUCUUCAGACAUUCUUCGAGCUGCGGCUGUGGCCAACAAGUUCCAAGUUUUGACGGUCGUCAUGAAAAAAGAACACAACGCGACCAUGCUAAAGCUCUUCCUCGAGUACCAGAAGGCUGACAAUGUUACCUUGAAGCUGAACCUCACUGUCGAUGUAGACACGUCAGUACCAAGAUCUGAGAAAAACCAGCAGGCAGGAGCUGACCAAAAGCCGGCUGUAAAUGGGUCAGAUGCGUCGUCUGUCGUGUCAGACGAUCAGCUGGAUGCGGAGGCUUUCCACCAAGCGCCAGGAAAAGUGAGAGGCCCAGUUGCAAAGUCACAGCAAUUUGUGGGAACGGCCGAUGUGAAUACUGCAGAUCUUGGUGCCGACUUGUUGGAUCAUUUUGAGAAUGUGAAUAUGUCGGACAGCCUCAGGGAUGCACUACUUGCACUGAAGGAAGCUAGGGAUGGAGAUGAACUGACGGAACUUGGAAUGAGAGUCGGGCUGGAGGACGUGUUGCAGCACUUUGGCCCGGAACUUGACUCCCUGAAGGCAAAGUUUGCUGAGGAAAAGUUAAGAAAAGAGACAGCUGCACUUGAGGGCCCUAAGGGGUCAAAUGAUGUCAUCAAUAAGCCUGCUGAAGGAAAAGAUGAGCAGCCUUUACUCCAGCUGAUAACUAAAGGACAAAAGUUGCAACAGCAGCAACUUCAGCAGGAUCACCAGCAGCAGCAACUUAAUCAGCCCCUGCAGCAGCAACAGCAGAUUCAACAACCUCAACAGCCUAAUGAGCCCUUUCAUCAACAACAACAUAUACAACAGCAAGAAUUACAACAACCUCUAAAACAGCAACAACAACAACAACAACAACAAAUGCUCAGGCCUCAACAACAAGAAGUACGUAAGGAUGACCCCCAGAAACAACAAAUGAUGCAGCAACAACAACAACAACAACAGAUGCAACCCCCUCAAAACGCCCAGAAUCCUGAAGUACAGUCCGAUUCAAAUCACAAGGUACCACCACCAGCAAACAAAAGUGUUUUGCCGCAGCCCAUCCGUGUGACGCAGCGUCCUCCCGAGGGAGACGAGAGUCUCGCGGACGCCGGUCUAGAAGCAGACAGUGACAACGGUGGCGGGCCAGUGAAAGGACCGGGCCGGAAACUUCUGGCUGCGAUCUACUGGUCGAACCAACUGGCACGCCAGGAGCAUCACCGAGCCUCAGUGAGGGAGAAGAUGAGAGAAGGUCGGCUUGGGCAUGAGCUAAGCGAUGCGGAGUUCCUGCGUCUGGUCAGUGUGGAAGGUGCUGAGGACGAGACCAGAGGAUUCCCGUGGGAGAGACAAGACACGCCCAGCAACCACACAGCAGAGAGUUCUGCGGAGAAAGGGCUUAGAGCCAAUGCCUACGUGGUGGAGGGCUGGCAAAGCAGACAACUCCUGGACACCUUUGGCGACUCUCUGCGCCACGUCAACCGCAUCUACAACAAAAAGUUUGGCUUUGCCUCCCGAAAAGUACCUGGCCACAUGCCGCACAUGAUUGAUAAAAACAUUAUGUUUGAACUACAGGCUAGAUUCCCGGUUGAGUGGGACACGACAUCCUCCCACAAGAUCCGGAGCUCCACCGACAUGCAGUUCGCCUUCGCCUACUACUACUACCUGAUGGGAGUGACAGAGCCAGUGGCUGUGGAAGACGUCUUUGAGCAGAUGGACACGGACCACUCAGGGAUCCUGUCCGAUCGAGAAAUCCGAACAUUUGCGGCUAAAAUGUAUGACCUUCCCUUGUAUUUGGAGACUCUGGCUGGGCUGGAGAGCAAGUUCAUCAACUGCUCGAAUAUGCUGGGAGAUGACCCUUCACUGACCGGUCUGUCUGAGGACAUGAGAGAGAUCUACUACGAUAAGUCCAUGCCGCAAGUGACCAGGUUCCUCUUUGUCAAUUGUUCAGAUAUGGUCGACCUUGUCAAAGAAAAGUUCAAGCCUGUGUCAAAAUACAAAACGACAACAGUGGAUGAUGGGGACAUCGCCUUCAAGAUGAUCCAUACUAAUGUCUCCCAUGUGGUAGGACAACUGGACGAUAUUCGCAAACAUCCAAAGAAAUUCAUUUGUUUGAACGACAACAUUGAGCACUCGAAGGAGGAAGCCAAAACAGUGAAGGCCAUCCUACAGGACUUUUACGAGUCUCUUCUCCCCUUGCAGUCACAGUUUGAGCUUCCUCGGGAUUAUCGCAACCGAUUCCUUCACAUGGACGACCUGCGAGAAUGGCGGGCAUACAGAGACAAACUGAGGUUCUGGACUCAUGUAGCCCUGGGACUGCUGGUCACCUUGACAGUUUUUUCUUUUCUUGGAGACAAGAUUGAAAAUCUGAGCAGGAGGUGGUCAAACCGCAAGUGGCGACGUAAGGGUACGUCCAGCGGUUCGGAUUCCUCCCCUGAGAACUCGGCCUCCCCAUCUCCCUCCUCCACCACGCCAGCAAGCGGCAACAAUUUCUCCUCGUGGUCGCGACGUGAGUUUGUGGAGACGGUAUGACGGUGCGCGCUGGGAGCGCUCUCCCCUCCUUUCCUGUUUGUGAUCCUCACCGUCGUCUUCCUGGCCAACUUGGCUGUGAUAUUGCUGCACUUUCGGGGCUAGUGGUGUCAGGAAGGGACUGUGGUCAGGCUUUGUCUGUGGGUUCAGCUCAUUGGGAAAUGUGUUGUUGUGAAGGGGCAAUUCUAAAAGUUGCUUAUAGAGAGGCGUGUGGGUGUGAAGGGGAAAUCCAAAUGUUGCUCAGGUGGAAGUUUGAGGGUGUGAAGGGGCUAUUCUCAAUGUUGCUAACAGAGAAGUGUGUGGGUGUGAAGGGCGAAAUCUUUAAGUUUUUUAUAGUAAAUGUGUGGGUAUGAAGGAACAAAUGCAGAAUUUGCUCAUAAUGAAGUGGGUGUUUGACGGAGCAAAUCCAAAUGUUGUUGAUAGGAAAGCAUCUAAUAUGAUUUCUUUGCAUUAAUUAUUUAAUGAUUAAUGAAUUAAAGAGGUUUUGAUCAUUUCUUUCAUAUCAAGGACAAGAUUACAUCUUGAUGUGGCAUAGCGCAUAGUCAUCCGUGAUACCACUUUGGAAUAAAAAAAUUGUUUAGCUGUCACACAUGGCCAUCUUUCACUUGACAGAUUUAUAUAGUUUAGGUCGAUGUGGAUAUUUUAAUGCUCAUACGGGUGACUUCACUUGCACACGUAAGAGUUUGAAGUGUUUGGAAGAGGGUAUUCAUUAUGUUCCGGCAUUAUUUUCAUGUGCCCUCUUCAACAUAUGUACAUGUUAGUUAGUUCUCUAUUUGUAUACUUACUUAGACACAGUAAGCACAUACAUUUCUGCAUCCAUUGCGUGCACGAAUUUUUAUGAUGCAUACACGUGUUGAGUGUAUUACUUGUACUUGUUACUCAUAGACUUAAAUAUCUUUUUCACACGUAAUUGUUCUUUUAAAGGUUUUUUAAAAAUUGGGAUAUCAGAGAGUGAAAUUCGUUAAGGAUGUGGAGCAGAGUUGGGUUUUAGGUUUUGUUUAUCCUAAACAGGGAGAUAUAAUUUGUGGAUUACAUCAAAUAAGCUUUGAGAUUUCACCAUAACUCAAGAAAUAUUAUGACAGCCGAUAGAAAUGUCUUUCAAUUUUUUUUUUAAAUUUUACAAUUGUGAGAAAUAUUCUGUUAAAAUGUUAUAUGAUUUAAUAUCUUUACUGCUUUUCUGUCCACUUUCAUCCAUGACUUAUUACGUUAUUGCUGUUACAUGUGGUCUGGAUUCCUCCACUUUGUACUUAGUGUGAACCAUGACUUUGUAGCUAGUGUGAACUUUGAUCUUUUUUGCCUCUCGUACCUCGGGUCGGUGAUCACUUUAAUAGAUUAUCUUGUUGCCCAAGGACAUGGGUUUCAUUGAGUUCUGAAGGGUCCAUGUACUUACAGAGAACUUUUGAGUAUAGGAAUGUGGAGGGAACACACGUUUUAAAAAAUAAUGCUGAUUGUACCAUGAAAGUAUCUUGUCCGAUUCCUACCUUCUCUCCAUUGUGGUCUGGAAAUAUAAACGUAGCUUUGUUCCUGCAGCUUCAUCAAGAAGUCAUUUUAAGCAGUCUACUGGAGCUUCCUAGAGUGUUCAGCAUGUAUGUCUCAGAUUUUUCUUAGAUUUACAUAUUUACAAAAAUAUCACAUGGUAAAGUGCUGUCAAGUGGCAGUGAGUUGUUAGUAUUAUGUUCUGUAGCAUUCCUGGUGGAUAAAGUCUUUUGGAUUUGGUGAAGAGAGGUAUCAAAGUAAGACAACGCCUCCCAUGCCUUCCCAAACCUUUCUCUACUCACCCACUACCACCGCUCACCCUAAUCCCACCCCAUUGCUCUCCCCCUCCCCCAGCCAUGACCACAUACACAAAUUGAAACAUUCCUAUAUGCACUCGCUGAACCCCAUUGCUCAAAGCUAGGAAAAAUUGAGGGCUCUCUCAGCAUACGCACGUAUUCAAAUCAUGUUCCCUAGGUCUGUCCCUGUUGCGUUUUCUGGUUGGUGAGUAUUCUUUGUUGAUUUGUUGUCUUAAUUAAUACUGGAAAAGUGAUUUUGUUUCAAUUUUUGUUGACUGAUAUUUCAAAUCGUGUUUGAAAAUGUUAUGGAUUUGUUGACAUUUUUUUAGAUUGAUAUUUUAAAUCAUGUUUGAAAAUGUA